AUGGCAUCUACAAAUCAUCAAAAACGGCCCUUGGGCGAUCGCUCAUUAACUCCAAUCAAACUCGUACCGCCACUUAAAGAAAAACAGCCCCCAGAUCCCAAUAUGAACAAUCCACGCCUCUCUCUCAACCGCUCCUGUAUCUACGAGCGCCAACUACCCGGCGAUGCCUACAUUACAGCACAUGUCGAGCGCCUACAACAUGGCUACUACUCCAACAGCACAGUCUCUGAUGAGGAUUCUAACCAUGUCGACUUCCUCGCCAUUGGAUUCACCUUCCACUCCCCCAAUACGCUCUCGCACCGCUUCAAGUCCGCCAAAAUUCGCGUUUCCAUUCGUGGCCCCCGUGAAAUCUCCAGCUCCUCCCAUCAUCCCUAUGGACACCCGCCUGGCAACCCGCGCUUCCUCAUGCACGCACCUCAUUUGCUCUAUGGUACUGUUUCCCCAGAGACCAUGGAGUGGACUUUUAGUCUUGCGGGCUCUCUUGGAAUUUCAGAAAUGCCCGUCAGCGCAAGCGUAAUUCCCUCCGGUAGCGUGAACAAUCGGUACCGACGAUACGAAAUGAUGCGUAUUCAGGGGUCCGCGCGGACACUGAAGAGCGACCAAGGUCGCAGCUUUGAUGUCGAGGCCGGUGAGAUCGUCUGGUCAUUGGAGGAAAAUGAUCUCCAGCGGUCUGGUCUUCCUCGCGAAUUCACCUUUGUCAUGCUGAUCCACAAGCCGGCGGCUGAUAGUCGUUUGUCUCUCUCUAUUGAUAUUGACCCGGUCAUCGCUGCAAAAAUCGGUAACUAUCCCUCUCCCAUGCUGAAGCUGCCUGCUUUCCAGCCUCUGCCGCGUCGCGGAGGUAUUGACUUCCGUCGGGAAAUCGGGCAGCGAUUUGAGCCUUUGGAUCCCGGCCGCGGGUAUAACUUUGCUGCGAUGGCGAGUAUGUUUGAUGAAUACAUUGCCAUGCCAGGGAGGAAGUUCAGCCGCCAGAUUCAAAUCCCACCUGAGUCCCCACUGCCCGAGAGUCACUUCCAACCCAGCUACCCGGGCCAAUACGGCUCGCUGAACCCCUAUCAGCAGCAACUCCAAAUCCAGAACAUGGCACUGGCCAAUAAUGGCCUCAACCUACAAAACAAUCUGCUGCAAACAACCCUUCAGAGCCUAUGGAAGGGAGGUCAGCCCCAGGACGAAGACCAAGGGCAAGAGCAAGAGCAACAACAGCCCACCAUUCCCACCACCAUGCCCCAAUCCGACCAAAAUCCCGUGAUGGUCAACCUCCACGUCCACAUUGACAGCGCCACCGCAUCCCAAUUUGCAAAUCUGCAGCUAAGAAGUCCGCUGCAGACUCGCAUUCCCGGCCUACGCCGCAGCCAGGCUCGGGAGUUCUCAUCUGGAACAUCAUCUGAGACAACUCGUGAUGCGUUGAUCCCUGAAAAUGCUAAUCUACGAUACGAACGCCCUUUAGAAGAAAGAAGAGGAGAAGACGAGAUGAAGAAGAACCUUCCUAGACAGGACUCUGUACCUGAGCCUAUGGGAACUUUGAAAGAUGAUCAGCAGGCUGGAGGAGAUCGUCCCGCGAAUGUUAAUGGAAACUUGAAUGGCAAUGACAAUAACAAUGGUAAUAUUCGGUUUGACUAUGCGCGUGCACGGAGGGGCGUUAUGAAUAUGGCGAACUCACCGCUUUCUACUUCUCUGCUGGCGGUUUUGAGUGAGAGAGGGGGAAAUUGA